AUGCCUUUACACCUCCUAGGCAAAAAAUCAUGGAACGUCUACAAUCCAGACAACAUAGCCCGAGUCCGGCGCGACGAGGAGGCUGCCAAAGCCCGAGAGGAGGAGGAAGAAAGACGCAUGCAAGAGGUUGACGCUGAGCGACGAAUACGAAUACUUCGUGGCGAGCACGUUCCUACACCGCCGCUUCCGCCACCUGAUUCUAGAGCUGAAGAGGAGCGCGGACACAAAAGACUCGACGAUGGGUCUGCAAGAUAUCGAAAACGACGGCGCCUCGCCGGUGAAGAUGACACUGAUCGCGAUAUUAGAUUCGCGAGAGAAGACGCAGCGCAUAACGAUGCCAAAAGAACGGAGCUACUCGCUACCAGUGAAAAGAAGGAGCAAGAUGCGCAUGUCGAAAUCGUCGACAGCGCCGGUCACAUCAACCUAUUCACGAAGGAGAUGACACGGAACCAACGCGCAGAGAAAAAUCCAGAGGCAGAGGCAGAAGCAGCUAAGAAGAAACGAGCUCUCGAAGACCAGUAUACAAUGCGCUUCUCAAAUGCUGCGGGGUAUAAACAGUCUGUUGGGCAGGCUCCGUGGUAUUCGUCGUCAGCUUCUCGAGAAAAACUAGCGCAGGAUCGAAUGCCUAAUACGGACGUAUGGGGAAAUGAAGAUCCCAUGAGGCAAGAAAGAGAAAGGGAGCGUAUUGAUGCAAACGAUCCCCUUGCGGCGAUGAAGGCUGGUGCUCGAGGCGUCAAGGAAGUACAACGACAGCGCAAGAAAUGGCAAGAAGAUAAGUUACGCGAGCUGGAAGCUUUGAAGCGCGCAGAAAAACCUAAGCAUAAACAUAGACGGCGAAGACGGUCGCGAUCAAGAGAUUCAUUGAACAGCCUUGAACGGUUCUCUCUAGACGCUAGUAGUAAACAAACCCAGGAGUAUCGCGAAAGAGACCGACAUCAUUCAAGACAUCGUUCUAGUCAUCAUGAGCGUGAAAGUCGAGACCGCUGA